AUGGGAACGAUGUUCCAGGUAUCUAUGUUGGAUGCUACCAUACUGGUACAACGCCCUGGAACAACGGAACUGCCUAUAUUUGAUGAUUCCAUGGGAACGAUGUUUCAGUAUAUUUCUGUCGAAAAGUUUCUCAAAUUAUUUACUUGCUUUCUACUAGAACAUCAAAUUCUGCUGUGUUCGAAAGAUUAUUCUCGUUUGAUGUGUGUUUGUGAGGCUCUUUGUGCUCUUGCCUUUCCUUUUCGAUGGCAGAUGGUAUAUGUGCCAAUCUUGCCGUAUUCACAACUGAAAUUCGUCGAGGCUCCGGUACCAUAUAUUAUGGGAUGGUGUUAUGAAGAAAGUGUGCCUGAUUUUCUGUUCCAAUCAAAUGUUUGCGUUCUUGACAUAGAUACGGGUAGAACAGAAUUUCCCGAAGAUCUGCCUCCUUUUCCUGGAGCUAAGCAACUAUCACAAGAGAUCAAAGCGGCUCUAGAGAGAUACUCCUCAUGGGAAGAUAUGUCCAAAUCGAUAAUCAGUGGAACAACUCCAUCUUUAACGAACUCGCCAGCCCCCACUGUUGCGAAUCGAAGCAAUAGUGCUCGUCGUACAGAUGAGUGGUCUGCAAAGCGAAUGAGUCGUUCUUUUGAUCACGAUGAUGCCUUAGAGGAUGCGAUCAGUGAGUCAUUGUCCGUUACCUCCGUAGUUUUUCGUUUUUUCUUCGAUAGAUUUGCGAUUCCUGGAACUUUUUUCUUGCUUUGUUCAAAUUAUCCAAAGUAAGU